AUGGCCGAUGCAGAUGAGGAUGUUGUCCAAACCCCUGCGACCGGGCAGGUUGAGGUCGACUUGUCCGAUGAAACGCAGGACUUUCGCUUCCUGAACCACCUAAAUUUUAUUUCCGAUACCGCAUCCCCUAGCAUCCCUAAGCGUGGAGAGAAAGACUUCGAACCUAACCCGACAGAACACCAGGCCGACGUCCUCUCCGCGUCGCGAGAUGCCAUGCACAAUGCGCUAUCAUUUCCACGCCUACAUCGCCCCAAGACUCAGAUCAUAGCAUACUAUGCACCUGGCGGAUAUGCUGCCCAGGCCGAGUUGGAUGCGCAGCAAGAUGCGCUGCAAGUCAAAGAAAACCAGAAGCCCUCAGAGUCAACCCAAAAGAAACCUCCAACAGAUGCCUCAAAGCCCCCACCAAAACCCGUCAAUAUCUCUCCCGAUGCAUGCGUUCUCGUUCCCAUUCCCAAAGGACAAUAUUUCAAGACAAUGGGCCAAGCUGACCGGAAGAACCGUGUUUGGCUAUUACCAGAGGAGGCAUUAUAUUUGCUUGAGAGAGGCAGUCUGGAUAUCAGAUGGCCUAGUACCUCUGAUCCCGACGCAGUAUCCAUUCCGAUGAGUUUGCAGGCUGCAUAUGCAUGCUUCGUCGGACACGGCGGUCUCACACUUGAGCGCUUCUCUGUAUAUACUGGGUUGAAGCGUCUCGGUUAUUCGCUUCUCCGAGCACCUGGAUGGUCUGAUGAAAUCGAGGAUACAGAAGAAAUUGCUCCUGCAAGUGAACCUUCUCCACCAAAAUUCCAUGGUCCCGGUCUAGCAGGGAUACUAGGAUCUUUAUUCAAAUGGAUCCACGACCCUCGAAAGACAGCUUCCACAGCCACUGGCCCCAUCGUCGGCUUUGGCAUCCACCGUCAUUACAUGGAUGUAUAUCGAAAACUCGCUAUCAUCCCUUGGUACGACCCUGUCACUGCACCCCCAUCAAAACUCUCAGAUACCACACCACCUUUCCGCGUCGUCUUCCACAUCUAUAAGCCUUCAACCCCUUUCAAAAAGUCCGCUCCCCCGGCUCCAGAUUUCCGUGUCGCUGUUGUAAGCACCCGUGACCAAACUACCAUGCCUACCCUCCCACAGCUCGGCGCUUUGCUUGAGAGUACGCCGCUUGAUCCUCCCCACGGAGAAAAGAUGCAACGCAUGAUGUAUAUGCGACUGCGUCAUGGAUAUCGUAAUGUCGUCAUGGCUGUCGUCGAUCAGGGUGUUGUCAGCUACUUACGAAUCGCUGACUCCGCAUUCGGGAAGGAAAAGCUGUUCGAGACAAAGGGUGGUCCUCAAGGUAACAAGCGCGGAGGUCGAGGACCUGGGGGGCCCAACAGGUCGAAGAAACGUUGA